AUGCCAAUUCGCCCGCCGAGUCAAUGUCCGGACCUGGACUUCUUGAAGCGUGUGCAUUCCGAGCAGAAGCUGAGCGACAAGGUACGCUACAAGAAAGUCUGCAUCCAGCCAGUUUUCUCAGCGGAUGUUGAUCGCAAUACCAUCGACAGUGUCCCCACAUCGCUGUUUGGUGACGAGGUUACGGUAAACAUUGACAAAUGCAACGAAGUCGAUAUCCCCAAAUGUAUGCCUGUCAAACUCCACGUGCCGGAACCGUACGGGGAGUACAAUGUGUCACAUUUAAUCUUUGGCGUCUCCACGACGUUUGAUCGGCUUGAUGACGAAGUUGGCACUUUCGCGCAUUGGCUAUCACGGCCAUCUGGGGAUGGAGCAAAACUCAUUGCUCUGAUUACGGAUUACUCUUCGCAUCGGGAAAACGAGAUUCGAAAACUGCAGAAAAAGUUUCGCAAGGCCAGUAUCAACAUCGAUCUGGUGAAACCGAUCGACGACUCGUACACAACGUCUCAGUCUCACUUUACCGUUCUUUCAUAUAUGCUCAACAGCAGCAGCCCUGAAACGCAGUGGUACGGCUUACUGGAUGAUGAUACAUUCUUCCCUCGCGGCUUGAAGCCAUUAUCGGAUGCACUAGCCAAGCUUGACCACACCGAAGACUACUAUGUUGGUGCCCUGUCAGAGGAUUUCAGGGCAGUUAGCACUUUCGGGUUCAUGGCAUUUGGUGGCGCCGGCGCCUAUCUUUCAGCUCCACUCGCCAGAACCUUGGGAAGCCAACUACACAAAUGUAUUGAAGAAGCUGGCCAUACUGAAGGAGACAUUAUUAUCCGACAUUGUGUUUACAAGAAUUCAAAGGCCAAGCUGACGAUCCUUCCUGGCCUUUUCCAGCAGGACUUGGAGGAUGAUGUAAGUGGAUUCUUCGAGUCUGGUGUCCAAGCCAUCAACUUCCACCAUUGGAAAAGCUGGUACAAAGAGCCUGUAGUCCCCAUGGCAGCCGUUGCAUCAUAUUGUGGCGAUUGCUUCCUACAACGUUGGCGCUUCGGCGUGGACACGAUCUUUACCAAUGGUUACUCUAUUGUAAAGUAUCUAUAUGACACUGAUUAUCUUGACCUCAACCAAAUGGAGGGAACAUGGACGAAUAUUGCUGGAGACUUUGAUUUUAGCAUUGGGCCUUUGAGGCGGAAGCUCGUUCCGGAUGAGAAAAAAAGUUAUAAGCUGAAAGAUGUCGAAUGGAGCGACAACGGAGAUUUCAAACAACUAUACGUCUGGAGAGGUAAUUCCAAAGCCAAGGAAGCCGAUGGUAUCAUCGAAAUCAUGUGGCAAAGAUAG